GCCAGGCCCGCGGUGCAGCAGGACGGCAUUGAGCAGACACUGCUGGAUGGGCUGCCGGCCGCCGAGGGCCUGAGACAGGGUGCAGCGAUGCUCACCUCGGCCGCCUCCCUGGCCCCUGAGCCGGCUGGCCGGUGCCCCCCGGGGCCCCCGGGACCCCCACCACCACUGCUGCCCAAGCCCGGGAAGGACAACGUGCGUCUGCAGAAGCUCCUGAGGCAGGCAGCCCGGAAGAGGACAGGCAGCGGCGGGCCACCUGCCCCGCCCGGGGCUUUCCGCACCUCCUUAUCCCCCGUGAGCGAGGCCAGCCACGACCAGGAGACCCUGGCCCCGAGCCCCGCGGAGGCGCCACAGGCGGUGGCCACCCUGCCCUACUCCCCCCACACCCGCGUCACCCACCACGUGGCGUCCCCCCUGCAGAGGUCCACGUUCUCCUUCAGCCUCACCCAGCACAGGAGCCUGGCUUCACACUUCAAGCCCACGGGGCCCCGGCUCGCAGCCCCGGCCCCAGAACCUGUCCAGUCCCCCUGCGGCCUUGCCCAGGUCUCGGACCCCACAGUGAGGGGCACCCCCAUCAGCCAGGUGCACUUCCGGCGGGCACCAUCCCCGCAGACCGGGACCCCUGAGCCCUCCCCGACGGCCCCGGAUGGUGGGCCUGGCGACCAGGACCAGGACACAGCCAUCUGCCCUCCUGGCGCUCAGCCCCCGAUCCCUGCGGUCCACACCCACUCACUGCCCGCCAGGGCCCGGGCUGCCGGCCCUCAGCACGACGAGCCCUCGGCGUUAAGCGCCUCGGUGCCCAGAGAGGCCAGAGGCCAGGUGGUGCUGUCCAUUGCCCCCACCUACCACUCACCAGGACCCUCGCCUUACACGCUGGCCUCUGUGGCCCCCAAAGCUGGGCACCGGGAGGAGCCCCCCCCGGCCGGCCCUGCCACUGAGGCUCAGCAGGUCUCCAGCCCCCGCAAGGCCUCAUCCCCUGCACCACCGUCAGGCCCCCACCCGUGCCGUGUCCCCAAAGUCGCACCCAAGCCCCGGCUCAGCGGCUGGACGCGCCUCAAGAAGCAGCUGCUGGAAGAGGCCCCCUUCCCGGGGCCAGAGCCGAGCCCGGGGCACGCGGAGCAGGGAGGGACAGCCCCCACUGUCUCGGCGCCCCGGCCGGCCCCCGCCUCCCGGUCCUCCAGGAUGUGGGACGCAGUGCUGCACCGCAUGUCAGUGGCCGAGGCCCGUGGCGGCCAGGUGGGGCCCCGGGAUGGGGUGCACACCCUGCCCGGCUUCAGCCGCCUGCCCUUCCUUUGCUGGCCUCGCUUCAACGCCCGGAAGCUGCAGGAGGUGGCCGCCCGGCCCCCUCCCGUGAGCCACCCCGUCCUGGUCCUGAGCCCCCAGCCCAAGAACUUCAAUCGUUCGGCAGCUGGCUGGAGGCUCCAGUGAAUGGCUGGGGGGACCCCAGGACCAUGGGGUGGACAGAAGAGGGGCUGAGGGUCCAGCUGGGAAGCCGCAGCCACUGAAGAGGGGAGCGUGGAGGGGCUGGGGAUCAGGAGGGGAGGUGGGGUGGACGGGAGCACAAAGGACCGUGGUGGGCGGUGGGACGCGGCCGGGAGCGGCUGGGAUUAAGGAGGUGGUGGGUUUGGACGGUGCGGAGGGGAAGGGAGGGGUCUGCAUCGGGGUAGAGUGUGGGGACUUCUGGGGUGAGCUUUUGGGGAGACAGACCGUACACGAGUCUGCUCUGAGGCUGGUGCUGCAUGCGUGAGCCUGCAGGGCAGGGCCAGCCUGAGUGUCCGCACGGGGCUUGGGGCAGGGCGUGCAGGAGGUGCUCACCAGCGAGACCUGGGAGGGCCUGCCUGGGUCCAGGGAAGCUGCAGGCGGGGAUCAGGGCCCAGCUGAGCCCCAGAUGCUCUGGGUGACGAGCCCUGACGCUUGACGGGGUGAGCAGUGUUCUGGGGCCCCCGCCCUUCUGCCGAGAAAGGUUGGGGGGAUGAGUUAUAUUGCCGUGCGGAGUGGGAGCGGUCGGGAUGACUCAGUCGUGGGCACCGUGGGCUCCGAGAGCUGCAUGGGCGGCUUGACAGCCAUGCCUCCCAAGGACGGAGGCCUGACAGGUGCUGGGAGCCCGGUGCAGGCCCGGGUAGGGGCUGGCCCCACACCCCUGCCCCUUCACUGCCACCUCUGCUUCCCCCGCCUGGGUGCAGAGCUCGAGGGGGACUCGCUGAUGGGGGACAGAGGGGUGGGGUCUCAGCCUAGAUGCUGGAUGAGGAGGGAGGUCGGAAGUCAGCCUGGCCAAGUGGGUGAGGGGGGGCUGUGGCCCGGAGGGGUCAGCGACAGGGACCCCAGGCCUCAGGCAGCUUUGGGGACCCCCAGUCUGCACUCAGCUGGGGUCUGACUCGGGACAAGCACUGGGGCUCAGACGGGGCAGCCAUGAUGCGGGAGGGACGCGGAGGUGCUGGGGGGGAAGCUCCAGCCGCAGCCCCGGGAGCAGGACUCAGAAGGGGAGGAAGCCGUCAGUAGGGGGACGUGAUGGAUGCUGUAAAUGGAUCCUGGGACCCAGGCCACUAAUAAAAGUGUGCGUGACCAUG